ACACAAAUCUAACUGAACUUGUAUCCUUCUGCGUCGAGCGAGUUCUCAGACUCAGCCAGCCAACCAGUCAGUGAAUCUAACCACCGACCGUGAUGACAACGACAACGAAUAUUUUGAAUCCCUAACUUAGUUUGAUUGGAAUGGGUGCACUGAAUAACAACCAAGGCAUGCCAUAACUGUAUGUGGUCCAGUCAAAAUUAUAUUAAUUGUGCCAGCACCAGUCAUGCCAGUGGCAGUGAAGUGGAAACUGCCCUCUGCUCCGCCUACGGUCGAGCUCCGCUCCCGCUACUCCCCGGCCUCCGGCACCGCCUCCUGGACGAGCCCAGCGGACCGAGCCUUGUCAAACGCCCAUUUGGCUGGGCUAUGCGCGUAGCCGUGGGAAUUCCGUCUAAAGAAGUGAUUGAUCUUUAACUUUUUUUUACAUAGUCUUUUAUGUGUGUGUUAAACUGUAUUUUAAUCUGAACAUGUUUGGAUAAACACUAGGGAUAUAAUUACAUUGACUGAUAAUUUUUUUCAUCUCAAAUUUAAUAAAAUUAAAUCUCGUAGUCGUACUCAAAUCAGCCAGGCAGCAUUGCAAAUUUGCAUUGCCAUUGGCGGGGUUUAAGUUGAACCUAGUAUUGAAUAUGUCGUGUGAAGAAAAUGAAACUCCACCUCCAAUUCCAAAAGGAUGCCAGCUUCUGAGUCACCAAGUGGCAGGACAUAUCUACGGCAAAAGUAAAACUCGGGCAGGUCUGCUGCAAGACAACAGUGGAUCGAUCCUGAAGCUUCUACAGACCAACAAUCGAGGAGAAAGAGAAAAGAGGUUUUACAAAACAAUAUUUGAUGAAGAGCAAGCUGAUCCAAUCCUGCGAGAUGCCCGGAGUCUUGUAUGCCCGUUUCGAGGAACAGUCGCCUCUGCACACGAUCCUUCAGUUGAAUUUAUCAAGCUUCGGGACAUGACGAUAGGCUACAAGCAUCCAUGCAUCAUGGAUAUCAAGAUCGGACGCAUUGGCUACGCAGAGGGAGGGGAUAGCACCAAAAUACAGAUGUCUAGGAGAAAGUACCCUGAUAUGGAGAAGCUGGGCUUUCAAGUCCUUGGAAUGAGGGUGUAUCAUCCUCGAAGCCAGAAGUACACAACCUAUGACAAGACAUAUGGAAAAACACUCAACAUUGACAAUAUGAUUGAAGGUCUCGCCAAAUUCUUCAACGUGGACGAGACGAUCCGAACGGACGUGAUGUACUCCUUCCUGGUCCGUCUGCAGCAGAUCCUAGACUGGUUCCAGGUCCAGGCCAGGUACCACUUUUACUCUAGCUCUUUGCUCUUUAUCUACGAGGGCACUAUCUCUCCAGGUGACGAUGCUGUCAAGAAACCUAUCAACCUUUCCCAACAUUCCGAUGGAGCAGUCAACGGUCAUGCGGACGAUAUCUUCUCAGUGAAACCGGACACUUAUCCCUUGAAGAGAAAGAAAUCAUCGGAUUGUAAUGAUAGCAUUGUUGAUGGAGAUGAUUGUUCUGGACUCAACAGAGGGAGCAAGAACCAGCGGGAGAAUGGGGUUAGAACCGUUGACGAUGGUUGUGAAUCAAGGACGAGUGUUCCAUUGAGUAGCUCUAAAGCUAAUGAUAGGGUAGGAGUAGAGGUGACGCAUAAUACAGUCAUUGAUAGACAUGAGAUUAAGGCAGGUGUGAACCAUGUCAGAGAAAACCUAAGACCUUCUGCUUCUUUAGGAGGAACAGUCUUUGGACCCGAGCUUACGCGUAACAAUCAUCACAACUGCCACGUUCCAACUCCAAACCAUUCCACGCACCAACUUGACAUGCCAGCACAUGCAAACCACAGGAUAGACCAGAGCAACGUGAGGGAAACCUCUCGCAAGGACUCUGACUUGCCUCAUGAUGGGGCCAACGACCACUCGCCGCAUCACGUCGAGAUUCGCAUGAUAGACUUUGCUCAUGCAAUUGAAACAACGACUCGAGAUGAGAAUUAUAUCUUUGGUUUGAAGAUGCUGAAGCAAUACAUUGAAACACUUCAUAACUGUCACAUAUGGUGAUGUUGAUGAUCUAUGUUGUUUAGGUGUCAGUGUUUACGCUCAUAUGUCCAUCCUGAAGUGCCAAGGGACGAAAGGAAUAUAUUAGGUUUAUAUGCAGUUGAAACAUUUUCUUUUUAAUAGGCCUAUAUAAAGUCAUGAAUUUUUUUUUCUAAUAGACUGGCGACAUACAUAAGAAAUGUGUUACCAAAGAUUGUAAAGUUACCACUACCUGUUUAAGAACUAAAUUUCCUUAUUCCUUAUUAAUUCUCUCACAUGAUAUUAAAUUUCAAACCUUUAAUCAAACAAAUGGAUAUACAGAGAUGUAAUUACUGAUGGGAUUUCUCAAUUUCUUGCUUGAAAUUUUCAGCAUGUAUGUAAGGUUAUGAUAUUGUUGCAUUACAGGUAUGUAUGUGCAUGGCCACAUUUAUUCUAUUUGUUUACAACACCUAAUUUCUCUGCUGGACCACUAGAAAUAUAGCGCCAUCUCUGGUGAGAAGCGAAGAAAGGUUGUAGUUGUGAAAUGCAGCAAUAUGGUAACAUCAGGGGUUGAUGAAAAUUUGGUACUCAAACGUUAAAUUACUAUGAUAUACAGUAUAUAGAUAAUAUCUAAAUUAUUUCAAUUUGGGAUCAAAUUAAUGAUAGCAAAAUUUACUUAUUUUAUGACGUAAACAUCACUCUGCUAAAAACAGCCUUGGUAAAUUGUCACGCAAAGAUCAUGCCUAUCCAAUCCCCUUGUUAUCAGAGUGGACUUUUAAUAUUAAGUUGUCUUAUUCUCACACUGUGAUUUAUGCUUUGUGUAUUUAUAUGAUGGUUAUUUUUACUAUCUUCAUGUGCUCCUGCAGGGAGAAUGUUGGUUAUAACUAAACUACAUAUAUAGUUUAUACUAUUGCCCCGCUCAUGUGCCAGCUUUCCUACCCCCCCCCCCCCCACCAAAUGUUGCAGAUUUGUUUCUUUCACUCAAGGAGGUCAAUAAAUUUAAUAGUAUUUGCUUCCUCUUGUUUGAUGCUUAUUUUUUGGAUAGGCCUGAGACAGAAUACUUUGAUAACUGUAUUACCAUGAAAUUUCACAAAGCAAAGUUAUUGACUGCAUUUUUCUCGGCAAAAAUCUGUAAAAUGUUCCAGAUUUUUAGUUGAUACUGUAUAUGCUCUCUCACUAAUUAUGUGUGCAAUUUUAAUGAAAUCAGAAACUUUCUAACAUACAGUAGACCUGCUAUUGUUAGAUAACAAGCAUAGGCUGUUUACAUGGAGAUCACUUAAUGACCCCUGUACAUGUACACCUGCACAGUACUGAGUAUUGAGCCAUAUAUGAAAGGAGGGGGGUCUUGCUUUAUUAGCAAUGCGUAUUAGUAAUAUCAGCAUGAAAUUGUAGAAUUUUGUGUUUAUUGAUAUCAAUCAUACAAAUAAAACGUGUGAAGGGAUAAAGAAAGUGUUUGAUAAACUGGUACAAAUUUGUAUCCCUGAUACAAUGGGAUAAGUACAAGUGAUUGGUUCUAGAUUUUUUUUUUUUAAAGCUUGGCAUACAUGAACAGGGUAUAUACUGGGAUUUAAUCCUUGAAACAUUUGUUUGCAUGUACUUUACAUGUGUGUGUAUGUGUGUAAAUUAAUUAUGUAGAUCUCAUAUGAAUAUGCAUUUUUGAAUGCAAAUGUCAAACUUAACUACAGCACAAAGGGAAAGUGCAUCGAAAUGCCUUGUGUCUUUUUAACUCAUGGUGAAAGAUAUAUAGUGAUUGAUAAAGUUGUUCCCACUACAGUCUUUUACAAGCUGUCGCAGCUUUUCAUGCAAACACAGUCGUGCUCAAAAGUUAGUGAGCCCCACCACAAAAUGUACUAUAUCAUGCUGGGUGCAUGUAGAUAACAACACUAUAAUGUCCUGCUAGCCCAGAGAAACAUUGAAUGUAAUAUUUUAUCACCUGACUUCACAAUUAAUAUCUAAUACAUGGUGGAACUUGAACUCUGUAAAUAUGUUCAUUUUCUGCUUGGGUUAAUUAAUUUUUGAACACCACUGUACAUGAUGUGUGCAUCCUUUUGUCCUUAACAUUGAUUUAAAAAUACUUCAUUUGAAGAGGAAGCAUAGCAGCUUUUUUGAGAUACUUAUGAUUUUCUUAUUAAUUUAUUUUUGAACAAUGAGUUGAUGUUCAGAAAUUAUUAAAAGAACAUUGACUGUAAUCAAAUUCCUGUGUUUAAAGGUAAAUGCCAGUUGUGGUAACGAUAUCAAAAUGAGUUCGUACAUAAUCCAAUGAAAUGACCACCAAAGUGUCUGUUUGUAUAAAUAAAACAUAUGUGCCAAAGAAUUCUGGAAGAAAUUGUGUAAUUGCUGAGAAAUCAGCAAAUAAGCACAGGAUUCGGGUCAAGCGUCGAGCCGACAUUCAAGGCAAUAAUAAUACAAUAUACUGUCCCACAUGCGCUUAUCUGUGUUGGUGAUCUUCAGUGUGAACAUUUUUCAGCGUAGAUUUCAAGAUUUCACAAAGUUCAGUUUAUGUAACUGUACCAGAUCUAGAUCCUCGAUGAUAUACUGACAAUUAAGCCUGAUUUACAGACUUUCUCAUGAAAUCAGUGUUUACUGCAACUACUGGCAUUUCUCUUUAAAUUGUGUCGUAAAAUUGUUAGUCACAAACCUAAUAGAAAUAGGAGAGCCUUGAGCAUCUACAUGUAACAAGUUGGAUAUUAUCUGUUUCAUACCACAGUAUUCCUCACUAUUCUUUCUCGGUGCUUGGAAUACAUCGUUCAGUUUGACAUGCGCUUAAUUUUUUGAUUCUCACUCAUGGUUUAAAAAAAGUUGUCAACCUAGUGGGCCUUUCAACGUAAUGAAUGUUGGUGGGCAAAUGCAUUGUGGGAUGCACAAAUUCACUAAUUACUUUUGGCCCAUGGUUACUUUGGAUCAUCUUAUGAUUAACUUUUGUUAUUUAUUUUGAAAUGGUGUCUUGCAGUUUCUUAAUAAUUACAUCUGACUUUAACAAUGGCUCACAUUAAAAAACAUUUCCAAUAGCGUACAGUGUAAUUAUGGAAGGAAAACGGAUACAACUCUUAAACAAAAGAUCUUUGAUUUAGAAGUUAUGCAAGUCAAAUUCAAACCAUUUUAAAACUAUACCUCUUUGAAUACAUGUUCAUGUACAUAUGUAUGUAGGAGCACCUACUAUACAUCAUUCUGGUGCUAAAGUUGUUGGUUUCUUACCCUUGUUAUAUUUGAUGUGACCAAAUAUAUAUGGGAUCAAGGAUUUUUCUCAUAACACUGUAUGAAUGAUUAAUAUUUCAUACAUUUUAAUGCUAAUAUGUACAUGUAGCAAUAGUGGGAUAUAUUACACUUUCUCCCAUAGUGAUAUGCAUUUUCUUCUGUGUUUAGUAUGCAAAGCGUCUUCAAACAAAAUUAAGCUACUCUUCCUGCGAAUUGUAGAUCCUUGUGGUUAAAUCCUGAAAAAGACAACCACAGAAAGCAUAAAAUGAUUCAACGUCAUACUUUAGUGAAGGAAAAAUGGUUGAGAAUAUUGUCUUCAGUGUUUUUUUAAUUAUAUAUAGCACAUAUAUCAUCCCUGUAAGUAUUGCAAAUGUGUAUCAGUGUAUAUCGUUGGGUCAUUGCCUUAAGCAUCAAUCAUAAUCGCUCAUUGCAUUUGAUGAUGUGGGAAUCCAAAGAGUUAAAUAUAUUCUUGCAUUGAGGAGAUGAACUCGACCCAUUAAGUGCUUUUAGAAUAGCAGCUUCAAACAGUAACUUAUCCAUAACUGGUAAAAUAAGUUAAUUGAUUACUAAUGCAUUUUAGAUAUGUAUCAGAUGAGGAUGCUUGGGAAUUCUAUAUCACACUUAUCAAUGUAACAUUGAUUUGUAAUUAUUCACCUGUAGAUAUGUAUAAAAUUAUAUAAUAAUAUAGUCAUUGUAAUUUGGGGAAACUGUAUGACAUCUUACAGUAAUCUUUUAUAUAAAGGCAAUGGAUUUAGAUGAAAUAGGUGGGAGAAUAUUUGUAAAAGAUAUAGUAUCAUUGUUAUAAUUAUUGACACUAAUGUGGUUUGAGCAGAGGCAGUAGAGAAGAAUUACAAUCAGGCGGUGACGCUUUUUAUAUACAUGAA